GUGAAGUACAGUAGUGCUGUUGUUGGAGCUGAAUAUUGAGAUCACAUUUGGGAUUCUUUACAACGUUCACGGUUUAUUUAUUUAUUUUUGCUUUAUGUAGGUUUCUGAGAGGUUCACGUUCUCGGGUAGACCAGGUUGAGCCGUUAGCUGACAUGGCGGAUCACAUGGAUGUCAGCUUGCCGCCCGAAGAGCGAGUCCGCGCUCUGACCAAAAGAGGCAGCUCAGUGGAAGUCAACGACGACGUGCCGCCACGACGCUACUUCCGCUCUGGCAUGGAGAUGAUCCGAAUGGCCCACAUCUACACUGAAGAGGGAAACAUCGAACACGCCUUCGUACUUUACAAUAAAUAUAUUACGCUUUUUAUUGAAAAACUUCCCAAACAUCGGGAUUACAAGACGGCAAACAUCCCUGAGAAAAAAGACACCGUGAAGAAACUCAAAGAUGUGGCGUUUCCUCAAGCAGAGGUUCUCAAACAGGCUCUUUUAAAAAGAUUUGAACAAGAAUAUGCUCAGUAUCUGGUCAAAAAGAAAGCGGAGGAGGAGGCCCUGGCGCUGGAGCAGUCCAGGCAGCGUGCGCUGGACGCCGAGCGGGAACGCGUCGCCGUAAUGCAACGGCGGCAGCGGGAACAGGAGCAGUUCAGUGCCUUCGAGGAGAUGAUCCGUCGCCAGGAGCUGGAGAAGGAGCGUCAGCGAGUGCUUCUGGAGUUUGCCACGCCGUCCGCGCCUCCCGCCGACACGCCCCUCAUUCCUGGCAUCCAGGGCCCGCCGUUAGUGUCCCCCACCGUCCCGCUGAGCCCCGGCGAUUCCGGCACCAACGACUACCACCACCAUGGGCCUGCUGCUACGCCGGGCACGCCCGCAGCCGGACCGCCCAGCUUUGACCGCUCGCUCAAACCCGGGUCUCUGGUCAGCCCCGGGAACAACAGUACGAUGGUGGAUGCCCUCCGGCAGCUGGCCGUGCCUGCUGAGCUGUGCCGCAGCUUCCUGAGGCUGGCCGAGGCCAACACCAGCCGCGCUGUGGAAACCUGCGGCAUCCUGUGUGGAAAACUGACCAGAAAUGCGUUCACUGUGACUCACGUCAUCGUGCCGAAGCAGUGCGGCGGGCCGGACUACUGUGACACUGAGAACGAGGAGGAGCUGUUUCUGAUCCAGGACCAGCACGACCUCAUCACCCUGGGAUGGAUCCAUACUCACCCGACGCAGACCGCCUUCCUGUCCAGCGUCGACCUCCACACACACUGUUCCUACCAGAUCAUGCUGCCCGAGGCCAUCGCCAUCGUCUGCUCGCCUAAAUUCAACGAAAUCGGCUAUUUCCGGCUAACCGAUCGAGGAACGGAAGAGAUCUCCUCAUGUAAACAGAAGGGCUUCCAUCCUCACAGCAAAGAUCCUCCUCUCUUCACACACGCAGGACAUGUGAGCAUCACGGAUGACUCUGUGAGCAUGAUGGACCUGCGGUGAUCUUCUGGUUCCACCCGAACACUCGAGGACUGUUUAACCGAACUGAACGUGUUUUACUGGAAGGAGCUGCAAACACUCAUUUUAUUUUCCCGGACGGUACUCAGACAAGCGCCGACCACGUUUACCGUUUAUUUUGACUUUUCUUCUCAAGAGGAACUGUGUUGAAAAUUCAUGUAAUUGCACUUUCCAAACAAGCAAACUACUAUCAGACUCAUGGACUUCUGACCCUCUUGUCUUUUCCAUGCUUCUGUUUUUUAUCCUUUAUUUGUUCUCUGUUCUGCUUUCUUCUUUCAACAUGUUUGUCAGUGAUCACUGACAGGUGAGAUUUUGAUUCUGCUUGACAGAUAAAGUGCCAAGGAUGUGAACAUUCAUACUUUGUUGAGUUUUUUUGUUGUUGUUUUUUUUCCCCCAACUGUUAGAAACUCUUUGGGUUUUUCUUUUAUUAGCUUUUGAAGUGAUAUAACUAAUGAGAUGCAAGCCAGCAGUAACUCAGGUACGCAGGCAGUUCUGCUGUUCCUGCCCGGUAUUCAAGUUUCCCUUUAUUCACAAAAUGAAGAAUUUAGUUUAAAAUGUUAUUCUGGUUUGUGACGGGAGCCAUUUUUUGAAUCAUUUCUUCAUUCCUCAUGUUUGUUUUCAGAGAAAGGCUGAUAAUAGAUAUAAGCUUUCUACUUGUCAUAUGGUGGUGUGAAUAAGCAGUUGAGUGUGGGCGGCUGCUGUGACAAGAAAAAAAACCUGAUUUAUUUUGUUUUUGCUUAUUUUGUCGCUCUUAAAUGUUUCAGAUCAUCAAGCAAAUACAAGUAAAUUUGAAAACCAGUUUUUAAGUGAUAAUUUAAUUAAUUAAAAGAUACAAAGCUAUCCAAUGACUUGCUCCAUUUAGAAAACUGUAACUAAAAAGCUAAAUGAAACAACAAAAACAGCCAAAUGAAUCAUAAAGUCUGUAAACAAAAUUGUCCUUCAGAAAAGCAUCAGAAAAAAAUACUUUUGUAUUUGCUAGAAAGAGAGAGAAAAGUGAUAGAUAAAUGUAAAUAGCAAUUGAAGCUUUUUUAAAUUUAUCAUGUGAUUAAUUGAUUUAUUGCGACAGUCCUACUUGUCAGUUUCACCAUGUACUGUGUAAAAUACAAAGUGAGUUAAAGGGGGCGGAGCCAGAAGCAGCUUUUUUGCAUAAAAGGGACAGAGCCCUAAAACUUUCUGAAAGGAGCUCAAACAGGCUGAACUGAGGGGGUGAAUGUCUUUAGUUCAGAAUUAUUUUGUACAAAAAAAUUUAAUUACCAUGUUUUGUACAACCCAUAAACCUAUCCUAACUUGCUUAAAAAGAAGUAUAAUAGGUUCCCUUUAGACAUCCAAGCUCAAUUUCACCAUUUUUGAUGAUUAUUGUAGAUGUAAUAAUUAACUCGAACAGAGCCUCUCUGCUAACUAAAACAUCUCAAAACCCUUUGAGUUGUUUUGAGAUGUUUACUAAGUAACUCCCAUGAGUUUUGGGAUGUGAGUGAACCAAAAUGAGAUUCAUAAUGGAGAAAACAUUCAGCAGUGGAGAAGCUCUGCAGGGGAGGUCUGUCAACCAAAGUUACUCCAAAACGCAUCGAAAAUUCAACCAGGAGGUCACAAAACAAUGUAGAGUAACAUCUAAAGCAUGACAGACCUCGGUUCUGUCCAAAGUCACUGCUGAACCGAAAGAACCAAGAGCUCAAUGUUAGUUUACCAAAAAGAAAACAUGAAGAUGAUGAGAAUAAUCCAAAUCACAGCAGCAAGUCUACCUCUGAAUGACUAAUAAAGACAAAGAAAAGUGGCAAAAAUAGUUGCUAGCUUCAAAACUUCAUCAGGUUUUUUUUUAACUUAUUUUUGUCAAAUAUUUAAAUUUAUUUAUGAUCUGUAACAUUUAGGUGUGACAAAAAGCAAAAAUUAUAAAAAUCAGAUUUUUUUCAUACCACUAUAUGUUACUAACAUGUUCAUUGUCCACAUUGUUUUAAUUUGAUUGCUCCUUUCUUGUAGCCAUAAAUAUCAAUUAUAUGCCAAGAAGAAAAUAAAACUUAUAGAUGAA